AGUCACCUGACAUGCACGUGACACAACACGGAAGUGACAGAGAAAUCGAAAAUCGUUUGAUGAGUUUUUGCGUUUGAGUCACUUGGAUAUGAGAAGGUAACAAGACAAAAACAGUCAUGACCGAGCAGUGGGUUGAGAAGAUUGGCUUUUUCUGCCGCAGCCCGGUCCAUUUCCUCUCAGCGACAGGGACCACGGCCGAGACCGUCCUGAGUGAACUUCUGCGGGAGCUGCGAGAGGACAGAGCCUCUGCUAAUGUGAAGGUUCUCCUCCUGAGUCCUUUCUGUGAGCAGCCUCUGGUGCUGUGUCCCUCACACUCUGUGGGUGAGGAGACAGCCCUGGAGCUCAUGUCUGUGUAUUCCCAGUGCUCUCCAAAGGUUCUCCCUCUGCGCUGUCACCUGCUCCUGGCCAUAUCCUCAGUGCUGGUGUGCACAGACUGUGUCAGCCGCCGCUCCAGUGCCACUCAGGACUUCCUUGAGUUGCUUUUUCUGAUUGUCCAAGACACCAGUGAGCUCCACUCAGACACUGUGUCCCGAUCGCUGCGGGCCACUGCUUGUGACUGCCUGAGGGAGCUAGAGGCCUGCUGCCCUGGCCUUUUGUCUCAGCAUUUAGAGCUUCUCGGAGCACUACGACAAAGAGAAAACUCCAGGCUGCACCAGGCCUACUGUGAGCUGUACACUCAGGUGAUGAGAAAUAGUGUGUAUCAGCUAGCACAGUGCACUGGGACUGGACCAGAUCAUUUGAAAGCUCUUCUAGAGGGUGAUACCUCUGUAGCAUGUGAAGUUACACAAGACACAGAUCUGAUGAACAGUAAAGACUUUGGUGCUCUGUCAUCUCUGGUCCUGGGUCCUAUGGGCGUGGCGCCCGUCAUUCACACUGGGCCUGACUGUAAAGAGCUGCGUUUGAUUCUGUCUUCUCUGCUUGAGGACUCUUACCUGCUCACUCCUCUGGCUCAGGCAGCUCUGCUCCACAAACUUAUCGAGCUGGUCACUAUGGUUCCAGGGAUCCCACCAACCGUAUUCAGAGCGCAGCUGCUGCGGCUGUUAGGCACCACUGAGGUUUCCCUCCUUCACGUAACUCUUCUGAUGAAGAGUGCCUUCACAGACAGCCUGUUUAGCGCCGAAGAUGAAGCAUUCCUCCUAAAACGCCUGGUUGUCCUUUCCCAGCAUCCAUUGCUCAGCACAUUUGAAAAACUCUUCUAUAUGGACUGCCUCCUACAUUUUCCAGAGAAUCGUCCCAUUGGCUGUGGGGAUGAGAUGCUGCCGGUGCUUUUAACGCCACAGUUAGCAACUGCAUUAGUGCCAACGGUAUUUAAUGACAGCGUGACGAUGCUGACUCGAUUCAACCUGCUGUCUAUGGUAUAUUUGGACGAGGAGGGAGAAGAUGAGGAAGGGAAGGGUUUGACCUACUUGUACGAGCACCUGGUUACUCUGCUUGGAAUUGUAGGAAAUGGGGGCAACCGUGAAAUAGUUACCACUUUUUUCAGAGCCUCCUUCCUUUUUCUGUCAUACUUUGGUCAUGUAGAAAACUACUCAAGCCAGCUGAUUAAACAUCUGUGUGAACUCUACCUCGAUCACACCCACUUGGCCUCUCAACUUAUCAACUUGGCCAAUGAAACUCAAAACAAACUGCCAGACUCGAGCUGGACAGUGGCAUUACUCCAGGGCCUUCAAACUGCCAUCACUAAAGUGCCACUCACAAAUCUAACAUCUCAAGAACUCAACUGCCAUCUUAAAAUCAUGGCUCGUGUUGCGGAGGAGAGGGACAUCCCACAACAUAGCACACUCCACUUCCUGUCUGCUGUUGUCGUAGCAUCGUCCUCAUCUUUGCUCGGAAACUGGCGCCUGGGCAACAGCAUAUUAGCGGUUUGUCGCUGUUUGCUAAUACAUCCAGACCUGGACACUUGGCUUGUAACUUUAGCUGAUGUCCUCCAGCACAUGGCCAAAAGCUACAGAGACACAGACAUCCGAGACCACAGUCGCCUCUACUAUACACUUCUCACAAACCUGUCCAAAGAGAAGCUGGCUGGAGUGUUAGAGAGGGGCACCGCCACAGAGGGAGAUCACGUUAAGAAGAGAACAUUGUCUUACAUUGUAGCAGAGAGCGAGGGUCAGGCGAGCAUUUUAACCAUUCAUAGGACAGAGAAAGAGGUUUUAAAACUUGUAGAACUCAAGUUGACUGAGCCACGGCAGCUUUCAGAAGAUAAGGACAGUCCAUGUGAUUCCAUAGACGCAGUGGCAGCGUAUAGAACUCAGUUUGACAGUCCUGACUUUGCAUCAGAAGUGACCAUAAAUUACAACCUGGUUCACAGUGAGAAAAGUGUGUCACAGUUUGACCACCUUUACAGUAUUCACCUGCACUUGAGCCUAACAGAUGACCAUUAUGAAGAGUUAAGAGACAUCAGUGUGCCUUGUCUCUUCAGAGAAAAGCCUCCUCCCAUCGUAAAACUGAAGUUAAAGCCAAGGCAGCCAUACCCCACCACUCUCCACGCAAGUGCCGUUUUCACCACCCAAGAGGGACUCACUUGGUAUUCUGAACUUCCAGAGAUCCAUGUUUCCUUUCAGCAGACCUUCUGUCCGGUGCCUGUACCACCAGCUUGGGGUCGACUCGACAAACUUAAGGUGUUCAGUGCUCUGUGGCAGGAGAUCUGCUCAGAAUGUGAGGAUGUGGUGGAAUCUGCCAAGAGUCUGUUUUGCUGCCAGUUAGAAAAAGAAGAACUGGAAAUAUUGGUUGACAAACAUUUCAAAGCGUUCCUCGUGGAGGAUGAUAGUGUUCACGGAGAGCUCAGGGUGUUUGUAUUUUUGCCGCCGUUGUCUCACGUGCUGUUGAAGAUCAGACGUGAAGAGGACGCUGUGAACUUUGACAUAGCAACGGACAACUGGCAUCUUCUGCCUCACAUCAAUUCAUUUUUACAGGAAGUAACAUCACAAGAACAGUCCCCCAGAUGAAAGCCAGCAUCUGGUUCUUUUAAUGAGCAUUUAAACAAAAUAUCACGUUAAAUGCAUCAUAUUCAGAAGAGUAAAAAAAUCUAUAUUAAAUUCUAUGGUAUUAAAUGUAUGAAGUGACACAACAAAUGCAAAAGGGCGUAGUCAGUAUUAAGAUGUGUCUUAGGUUUACUUCAGUGCCUGAUUUUUAUCUGUAUUUUUAAAUCAUUUUUUGUGCGUUUACACAGAUGUUUUUGGUAUUUCAGUAACAGAAAUAUAAUGAUGAGAAGUUGAAACAAAAGUUACUGAGGAUUGUUUGUUUUUUUGUUUAUUGUAUAGAGAUAAAUGAAGAAAAAUCCAACUAAAUGUGAUGUCUAUGGAUUUGCAAUAAACAGUAUUUGUGAUUUUUG